GUGAAAAACAAGUGGAGUCUCCAUUAUAUUUGGACAUUUCUAGUUGCUUUAAGAAUGGAGGAGUAGUGUAUUCUUCCAACUCUUUUUUAUCCCAUUCCAAGAGGUAUACAUAUGUUAUUGCUGGCACAACCUCAGAAUAUUGCUUUCCAGAAGACGGGAUGAUGAGCGUAUGGGAUUUGGAGGAGUCGUGCCAAAUAGAGCAAAUGUCUCUGUUGUCAACAAAGAGGGAAUCAUUUUGUCCAAAUAAUAGUGAUGGAUAUUUUCGAUGUACUGACAUUUACGAUGCAGUGGUCUCCGGCUUUAUGCUUUCAUGGAUCCAAGUUGCUUGUCAUAAUUCCACACCUAGAGAUGAUUAUUGCAACAUCAAGGACGACGCGAAUUACCCUGUUCGGUGCUACGACAGCUACGACCAAGGAGGGCCCGUGAGAUUCUAUAUUAAACUAUUUUGGAAAUGUGGCAAAGUUCUUGCAGCCGUUAUCAAACUACUAGUGCCGAGGAAAAUAAGACAAAAAUUGGGCAUUCCUUAUGAUGGCUGGGACGUCUACGACAUUUUGUUAACCGGCCUACAGUCGAACAUGCUCUACGUCAGCGGACCAUCCAUUGCACUAAAGGUACUUGGGACUCCCUGUGUGAUUGCAUUUCUGAUAUAUAAAUGGCGUAGGAGGCAUUUAUCGAUGUAUGACAAUAUUGAAGAAUUUCUGCAAAGCUACAAUAAUCUCAUGCCAAUAAGGUACUCUUACUCAGAAGUUAAGAAGAUGACCAAAAGUUUUAAGGAUAAAUUAGGUGAAGGAGGCUUUGGCACUGUAUUUAAAGGAAAGCUUCAAAGUGGCCGUCUUGUGGCUAUAAAGAUGUUAAGCAAGUCUAAAGCUAACGGACAAGAUUUUAUCAACGAAGUUACAACCAUUGGAAGGAUUCAUCAUGUUAAUGUAGUACAACUCAUUGGUUUUUGUGUUGAAGGAUCAAAGCGGGCCCUAGUAUAUGAGUUCAUGCAUAAUGGCUCUCUAAAUACAUUCAUAUUUUCCCCAGAAGUAAGUUCCCUCCUAAGCUAUGACAAAAUGUAUGAUAUAGCUCUAGGAGUGGCUCGUGGAAUUGAAUAUCUACAUCAAGGAUGUGACAUGCAGAUUUUGCAUUUUGAUAUCAAGCCUCACAACAUUCUUCUUGAUGAGAAUUUUACUCCAAAAGUUUCGGACUUUGGCUUGGCAAAGCUAUAUCCAGCAGAUAAUAGCAUUGUCUCUUUGACUGCUGCAAGAGGGACGUUAGGAUAUAUGGCUCCUGAGUUGUUCUACAAAAACAUUGGAGGUGUCUCAUAUAAAGCUGAUGUUUAUAGUUUCGGAAUGUUAUUGAUGGAAAUGGCUGGACGAAGAAGGAAUGUAAAUGCAUCCGCAGAACACUCAAGCCAAAUAUACUUCCCUACUUGGGUAUAUGACCAAUUGAACGACAAAAACGACAUAGAAAUGGAAGACGCCACAGAGGAUGAAAGGAAAAUAGGCAAGAAGAUGAUCAUUGUCGCGCUAUGGUGUAUACAAAUGAAGCCUAAUGAUCGCCCUUCAAUGAGCAAAGUCGUACAAAUGCUCGAAGAAAAAGUUGAAUACUUACAAAUGCCUUCCAAACCUUCUCUAUCAUCACUAGACAUAAUCACAACCGGUGGUGAAGAGAGUUCGAAUCAAUCAAGUGAAUCAUCUCAAUCUUAGUCUUUUGAUUUAUUAUAUUCCCGCUAAAGGAUAAAAUUAGUUUUCUUAUAUAUAUUUGAUAGUGCAAAUAUGCUUAAUAUUUAUGUGUAACAAAUACGAGUUUGUUUU